AUGGCAGACUAUGCACCCGAACGCAUCGAAGAUCGACUCUUCAUCAACGGAGAGUUCGUACCAUCCAUCUCUGGCAAAAAAUUCGAUCUAUACAAUCCCGCCACCGAGAAGCUUGCCGCUUCAGUGUAUGAAGCUGGUGUCGAAGAUGUGGACGUUGCUGUCAAGGCCGCAAAGGCCGCUUUCCCAGCAUGGGCUGCUCUCAGUGCAGCCGAGCGAGCUGGAUAUUUGAAUAAACUGGCCGAUGCCAUGGAGGCAAAUAUCGACGAGAUCGGUUAUCUCGAGGCUAUCACUAUGGGAAAGCCAUAUGUGGGUGAUUUCAUGGGUCGUCUCGGCGUCCAGAUCCUCCGGUUCUACGCCAACAAGGCUCAAGACGUACAAGGUGACACAUCGCUUAAUACCGCCGGGUCCGUCAACCUAACCUUCCGACAACCGUUCGGAGUCUGCGCAGCUAUUAUCCCAUGGAACGUCCCUCUCCUCAUGCUCAUCAACAAAGUGGGACCCGCCCUGGCCACCGGAAACACUCUCGUUCUCAAGUCAUCUGAGAAGUCUCCCUUAUCGUCCCUUGUUGUCGGCCGCCUCGCCCAAGAAAUCGGCCUGCCCAAAGGCGUCCUCAAUAUCCUCAGUGGCUUUGGGCGACCCACUGGCGAAGCCCUCGCGAAACACAUGGACAUCCGUAAGAUAUCAUUCACGGGAUCCGUGAUCGCCGGGCGAGCGAUCAAAAAGGCCGCCGCGGAGUCGAACCUCAAGAACGUAACGCUCGAGCUCGGUGGGAAAUCCCCACUCAUUGUCUUCGACGACGCCGACCUGGCCAAAGCAAUCCCGGCGUCCGCGUUCUCCAUCCUCGCCAACUCAGGGCAGGCCUGCAUCGCCAGCUCACGCGUCUACGUGCACGAGAAGAUCGCGCCGGCAUUCAUCGAGGGCAUGAAAACUGCCAUGACGCAGAUGGGCAAGGCUGGCAAUCCACUCGUCGCCGGCACGCAGCGUGGGCCUCAAGCCGACAAGAUCCAGUUCGACCGCGUGAUGUCGUUCUUGCAGAAGGCCAAGGACGAGAAACUCUCCGUUGCCCUGGGAGGUGACCGUGUCGGUGCCGAGGGAGAAGGAUACUAUAUCGAACCGACCAUCCUGGCAAACGUGCCCGAGGACUCGAGCGUCAUGAAAGAAGAAAUCUUCGGACCCGUGGUGUGCAUCAACACCUUUACCGACGAGGACGAAGUGCUCCGCCGCGCCAACGACACCGAGUAUGGUCUGUAUGCAUCGGUCUUCACCAAGGAUAUCUCGCGUGCACUGCGUGUGGCUAAGGCGCUGGAAGCCGGGAGCGUUGGUGUCAAUUGCACAAGUCCGACCAUGGCGAUUGAUUUGCCUUUUGGUGGCUGGAAGCAGAGUGGCGACGGAAGGGAGCUGAGUAAGUAUGCCACGGAUUACUGGACAGAAUUGAAGAGUGUCUUCAUUGCUCUUUGA